AGAGUGACGUUCUUUGGCGUCAAAACAAAUAAAUCGAAUGUAUCAAGAAUAAUCAGUAUUCAGUUGUCAUUUCAUUCAAUUUUUUUCUAUUGUUGGCGAUCGACGAAUGGCGAUUUCUCUUAUCCUGUAAAAUUAAUAAUAAAAUUGUUUUAAAACGACUGAUAAGUGCAAAAUUUAUAUGACUUGUGGUGUAUUAAACGUGUAGAGUUCUAGUUGAUUGGACAAAUAAAAAAUAUAAUGAAAGUUAUCUGAAUCCUAAAAAAGUGUCUGGUAAUCAUCUUAAAAAUUAAAAUGAGUAAGCAUAUGUACUCUACUGCUAAUUUGACCGACAAAGAACUUAAGGAACAAGGAAAUCGACUCUUUAGCUUACGACGUUUCGAAGAUGCUAUGAAUUGUUAUACGAAAGCUAUUAUAAAAAAUCCUUCAGUUGCAACAUACUUCACAAAUCGUGCACUAUGCCAAUUGAAGAUGAAAAGAUGGGAUGCUACUUGCCAGGACUGCCGUCGAGCACUUGACAUAGACAGCAACCAAGUAAAGGGCCAUUUCUUUCUGGGGCAGGCUCUGGUUGAACUUGAUUGCUAUGAUGAGGCUAUUAAACAUUUACAUAGAGCUAAUGAUUUAGCCAGAGAACAGAAAUUAAACUUUGGUGAUGAUAUAGCUGCUCAAAUACGAAUUGCUAGAAAAAAGAGAUGGAAUGUUCAGGAAGAAAAGAGGAUAUCACAGGAGAUUGAACUACAGACAUAUUUGAAUAGGCUAAUUAAUGAAGAUUUACAGCGUAGAAUAGAAUCAAUAAAAUUAGACAAUAUAAAUGAAGAAGAUACCAAUUCAAAAAUAACAAAGGCUGAAGAAGAAUGUAAUAACUACAGCAGCGAGUUAAAUAAUCUGUUUUCCAAAAUCGAUGAGCGGCGAAGGAAACGCGACGUACCGGAUUUCCUCUGUGGCAAAAUCAGCUUUGAGAUAUUGAAUGAGCCUGUGAUUACGCCCAGCGGUAUCACAUACGAACGUAAAGAUAUUGAGGAACAUCUAGAGCGCGUUGGACAUUUCGACCCAGUGACUCGUGUGAAGCUAACCGCAGAUCAACUUAUACCUAACUUCACAAUGAAGGAGGUGGUCGAUGCUUUCCUGCAGGAAAACGAGUGGGCACUCGAUUAUUAAUUUUGACAUUUUACGUCUUAUGGUAAUGGAAUGAUUGAUCUCGUAUAAAAAGGGAAUUUGU